AUACUUACUGCUGAACAUGAGCGCUGGCUUGACAUCAGUCAGACGUCGCACGUCCCUCUGCCGUUUUCACAACAAACACAACAAACACAGCGUGUGAACCUGUGAGCGUCUGUCCGGUCCGGCCCGUAGACACAGCCGGAGGAUUGCUGCGGUAUGUCCGGGCUCCAGCUCCUCAGGGUGCUGGUUAACGAGCGGCUGUCCGCGGCCGCAGAGGAGAUCUUCGAGGCGGUGAAGAAAACCAUCUCUGGCUACGAGGAGGAGAUCCUGCUCUCCAGACGGGAGAUCCGCCGGCAGAGGCGCGUGCUGCAGACACUUUUAAAACCUGAGAUAAAGAUAAACAAACUCUCAGCAGAACAUCCACAGCUGGCUCUCUCCGUCUGGGACGAGGACUUCCCCUCCGACCGACAGCAGCAGGAACACUGUGAUCAGGACUGGAGCUCCGGUCCGGAUCAGGGAGAUGAGGAGCCUCCACACACGGAGAAGAGCCGGGAGGACGAGGAGGAGGAGGAGGAGGAGGAGCAGCUCCAGCUCCAGCUCCAGGAGGAAGACGUCAACACCAUCAAGUUCAUCUUCACUCCUCCGUACGUGAAGAACGAGCUCGACCAGCCUCCGUCCGGUGGUCAGAGCGAUAAAGGAGAAGGGGAUCCUCUGCCGAGCACUUCAGCUGAGCCGGACCAGACGAAGGUGGAGGAAGAUGAUGGAGCGUCCUCCAGCUGUUCUGCGGCCGACAGCGACGAGGACUGUAGGGGCAGCGUGGGAUCUCAGAGCGACGACAGCGACGGCAACCACGAGUGGACAAAGGGGAAGAGGCCUCGUUUACCGACGGCCCCAAAACUGCACCCGACUAAAAAAGCCAAAUCACGAAUCCGCUGUAAAGUCUGCGGGAAAGCCUUUCACGCCAACGUCUCUCUGGUGAACCACAUGGAGGCUCACCCAAAGGACAUCUGCGGCGUGUGCGGGGAACGCUUCGAGAACGAGGAGAGCUUCGGGGUUCACCUGAAGAGUCACGUCAAAGCUGAAGUCUGCCGCAUUUGUGGGAAAUGUUUCGGGGCCUCAAGUUCUUUGGAGACGCACUUGAGGAUCCACACCGGAGAGAAACCGUUCAACUGCAGCGAAUGCGGGAAAUCCUUCAACUGUCGCCACAACAUGAUGCGACACAUCCGGAUACACACGGGGGAAAAGCCGUAUCCUUGCUCCGACUGCGGGAAAUGCUUCAAUGACUACUCCACGAUGAAACGCCACUUGCUGCUCCACGCGCACAAGAGGAACCCCGAACCGACCAACACAUCUGCAAACGGAAACGGCAAAGACCUGGAGGAGAAGAUGAAGACAUCGUCAUCACCGAAAAAGCAUCAGACUCGGACUAUAUGUGAAGUGUGCGGGAAAAUGUUCCACUCCAUGGUUUCUCUGGUGAAUCACGCUAAGAGUCACGCCACGGACCUCUGCGGCGUGUGCGGGACGCAUUUCGACUCUGAGGAAAAGUUAAAACUCCACCUGAAAACUCACAAGAACGGGAAGGUCUGCGAGGUGUGUGGGAAGUGUUUCGACAGUCAAGGAAACCUGGAGAUGCACAUGAGGAUCCACACGGGGGAGAAACCGUUUCUCUGCAGCGAGUGCGGCAAAUGCUUCAACUGCCGACACAACAUGAUGCGACACAUCAGGACGCACACGGGGGAGAAACCCUACCUGUGCAACAUCUGCGGCCGCUGCUUCAGCGACCACUCCACGCUGAAGCAGCACAGCAGCACGCACACCGGAGAGAAACCACACCGCUGCGAGAUCUGCGGCAAAGGCUUCCACCGAAAGACGUACGUGAGGCUUCACAUGAAGAGCCACAAGACUGAGAAGUGA